CAGUGACUGGCUGUCAAACAAGGACUGUUCAGAUUUCUGCCUACUUGGUCCCUGACAUUGGUUCACGAGGAACGACAAAAAUUGUCACCUUCAGUCCACGGAGCUAUAUUCUUGUGCUGCUAACAAAAUGUGGGUUUUUGGUUACGGUUCUUUGAUUUGGAAGGUAGAUUUUCCUUACGAUGAAAAAACCGUUGGUUAUGUUACAGGUUACAGUCGGAGAUUCUGGCAAGGAAGUACGGAUCAUCGUGGUGUACCAGGAAAGCCUGGUCGGGUUGUUACACUCGUUGAAGAUCUUCAAGGUUGUGUCUGGGGUGUUGCUUAUAAACUUCCAGCUGGACGAGAGAAAGAAGUGAAGGAGCAACUUGAUUUUCGAGAAAAAGGAGGAUACAGGACUGCAACCACCACAUUUUACCCUAAGGAUCCUUCACUUGAACCUUUCGAUACACUUCUAUACAUAGGAACCCAUGAAAACCCAAAUUACCUUGGCCCUGCACCUUUGGAAGUUAUCGCUGAACAGAUUUACAAUUCUGUUGGACCAAGUGGGCGAAACACAGAAUACUUGUUUGAAUUGGCAAAUUCAAUUAGAAAUCUUUCGCCACAGGAAAUGGAUGAACACAUUUUUUGCUUAGAGAAAAUGGUCAGGGACCUUUUAGAAAAAAACGGAAUAUAAAAAUUAAUGGACAUAAUUAUAAAAUACAAUUUUUUUCAUUUCAUCUAUGUUUACCACUUUCUCUGAAUAUUUCCACAUAAAAGAAUACUGCAGGAAGAUCAGUCUUAAAAUGUGCAUAAAUAUUUACUAAAGCUGCACACUACUAGCACCAGUGUGCUUGGUCAAGUCUGUUAACAUUAAUCCUGAUGUCUACACAAAAUAAGAGAACUGGGAUUUGUAAAUUGUAGAAAAGUUGUCAAUAUUGUGGUCAUGACAAUAUUUUAGCUAUCUCUAGUUCAUUCAACAUUAAAGACCAAUGUUUUCUCUAGAAUAUC